AUGGCAUCCUCUCAAUUACCCCCUACUGCUCUCAUGUCCACACUGCUCGAUUGGUCACUCAUACUCACUCUCGUAUUCGGAGGUUCCGCACUCACUUUCCUACAAAUAUCAUUCGUCGUCCUCCGUCAACUUCCCUCCUUCCUCAUCUUCUCCCCUUUUCCAGGAACAUCACUCCCCCUCAUCCCAUCCCUCAAACCACACAAAGUACCUCUAACCAGAUGGGUGCUCGACGUCCUCCUCGUCACUCUCGUCAGUAUGAUGAACAACCAGGUAUUCAAGUACCGCAUCCCGCUAACAGUGCAGAUCAUAUUCCGCUCCGGAGGGCUCGCCGUAAGUCUGCUCUUCGGGUACUUUAUAAAGCGCAGGCAGUACAGCGUGCUCCAAGUACUCUCCGUCCUCCUAGUAACCCUAGGGAUAAUCCUCGCCACCCUCUCUUCCCGCCCCGCUCCCUCCUCCAGCCCAACCCACGUCAACCCAGCAGACUACGCCUCGGGCAUCGCGCUCCUCCUCGGAGGACUGUUCAUCUCCGGAAUCCUAGGCAUGCGCCAGGAAGAGACGUAUAAGCGGUACGGCCCUCAGUGGCAAGAAGGGCUCUUCUACACUCACCUUCUCUCCCUCCCGAUAUGGAUGCUCUUCCUCCCAUCGAUACGCGCAGGCCUGCAAGCGAUAUCAGAAUCAAAGGACACGACCGCGUUUUACCUCCCGCCUAAGCUCCCACUCUCCCCGACAUGGAGGAUCAAGACUCUCUAUUGGGCGUUGGCGCUGAACGUCUUGAGCCAGUAUGCGUGUGUGGCGGGUGUGAACCGGCUGACGACGAGAGUCUCGAGCGUGGCCGUAAACCUUAUACUCACUGCGCGCAAAACGAUCAGCGUGGUGAUUAACGUCCUUUACCUGGGGGAGGGGUGGAACAUGGAGCUUGUUUUGGGCGCGGGGAUGGUCGGUGCUGGGACGGUGCUGUAUGGGCUUGUACCUGGGAAGGCGAUGGCGAUGGCGGAUGUGGUGGAUGCGGUGAAGGAGAAGGAGAAGGAGAAGAUGGGCAAGGAGGAGUAG